AUAAGUAAUAAUAAAAUCUCAGUAAAGAAACAAAACAAAAUUAAGAGUAUUAGUAAUUUCUUAUUAAGGAAACAAAAGGAUAGAAACAAAACCCUUCUUCCACCAACUUGCAGCCACCGAGAAACAAAACCCUUCCCUUCAGCGCGCAUUCAAUCAACGGUAUUGUCGCCACCGUGCUCUCCGUUCACUGUUGACCACCACUUCAAAGCACAGCUCAUUGAAAUCCCUAACAUCUCAUUUCAAAGGUAUCCUAUAGGAAAUGCAGAUCAAUCAGUUCACCUUGUGGCUAGUGAAGGUCUAGAGGCAUAUCUCCCAUUAGCCGAUAUGGUUGAUAUUUCUGCAGAAGUUCAACGUCUUUCAAAGCGCCUUUCGAAGAUGCAGAAGGAGUAUGAAAGAUUCAUAGCUAAACUCAAUUCUCCAAAAAUGGGAGAAACUGUUUGGAAUGAUCUUGAGAAGAUAUGGAUGGAUCCGUCAUAUAAGGAUAUAUCAAAUCGAGCUAAGAAAAAUCGUACUUCUUCUAAAGGAGGAGUUGUCCAUACAGGUGGAUCUAUAUCCAUUGCUGAACAUACCAUUCAGAUGGCUGAAGAGUUAGGUAGAGACCCCACAUUGGAUGAGGUCUUUUUAAAAACUCACACUAAGAAGAAGGACAACUCUUGGGUUGAUGAAAGAGCAAAAAAAAACAUAUAAAAUAUUUCAAGGUAAGUUGCAACAAGCCUCCAAAGGUGGGGAAGCAUCUAGUAGUUGUAGCCAAGUGGUUAAUGCGGAAGCUCGCUUAGACAUGUGGGUCCAAUUUGUUGGGGGGAAGAAUAAAGGGAAGAUCUAUGGUGUUGGAGAUAGAUCAUCGCUUUAUAGAUCAGGUGUCGCAAGUCUAGUUCCAGAUUCUCGUCCAUCUAGAGGUUGCGCCAAUUUCUUGUCUCAACCAUCUAACGAGAUAGCUGCACAGAUAGCAGCAUUUGAGGAGCGAGCAAAAGCGACAGAACACGAGGCACGAGAGGCACGAGAGGAGCUAAGGAAAGUAGAGCAACGUCGAUAAGAGGAAGUUCAACAAACAGAGCAACACACUACAGAGCUACAGAUGCAGCUAGCAACGUUGGCAAAAAGUGUUGUUUCCAUACAGGCCGAGUCAUCCCGUCGUCGUUGUCAUCCAGAUUAUGACGAAGAUGAGUCUAGCGAUGAUGACGGCGAGGAGUAAUACUGGUUUCAGUGUCAGCUUCGUUUAGUAGUUAUGACUACAUAUUUUGUUUAAACUUGUAGGCAUUAUCUAUAUAUAUUCCUACGAUAGUGUCGUUAUGUGUAUUUUGAAACUUAUUGCAAUAACAACGUGCUUAUUUUGAGACUUAUGGAAGUCAGGAUGUGUAUUUUGAAAA